GUCUCGCGAAUUUUGGCACCACUGAGCAUGUUCUUUCUGUCUGUGAUCUCGUUAAAGAAAAGUAGUGCGCGUCUUGUGUCGUUAAAGUAAAAAUUUAUUAAAUUGUAUGGUGUAAAUUGAUUAACCUAUUUCUACUUAUUCUAGAGUACAAAAACAAAAACACAUUAAAAGUACAAUGAUUAGUACAGUGUAAAUUAAAAUGCGGAAAAAUAGUACGCCAAAAAAAUCGUUAAAAGAACAACACAUUGUGAACGUUAAGCAGAACAAAACACAUUUAAAAGAAAAGGUCCAAGAGGGCCUUUUCUUGUUCGCAUGCUUUUUCUCCAGUAACAUCGUCCAGCUAGAACGCACAGCGGCACUAGAAACCCAAAUCCAGAAGCAGACAGAAGAGACCACAACCCUAACCUUGCUCGCCACUUCAAGGUUGUCGACGAAGCCCUCCCGGUGCUUGGUAAAAGCUGAGAUCAUCAACAACAAGUUCCAGGCUCUUCCGGGACGCCGGAAAGAGGCCUGCUGAAGCUAUCUUCGUCGUUGAAAACAACCCUAUCAACUUUCGAUGGAAUUCCGUCGACUCAACCUACUGGCUUACAAACAUCGUUCAACGGUUCCGCUGCAUGCUGCAGCUAAGUACGAAGAAGAAAACCGCAAGUAUGCUAAAAUGAAAAUGUGACGUCACCUUCCCAAAAAUUGUUUAAAAUAAACCCCAACAUUAUGUUUGUAUACAAAUUCAGGCUUUAGUAAUUUGCAAGAGAUAAUUGGUUGAUUUACACCUUUCUUAAAUUCAUAUUCGUUUUUCCAAUCAUUUGCUUAAAAGUUCACUUUCAUGAGAUUACAUGCUUUGCCCGCCUCGAUUUAAUGUUCAUUAAUAGUGUGGACUGGUUGCUAGCAUGCGAAGUAAUCACCCGUGUACGC